GACGACUGAAAUUGAUAAAAUAAAAAAAUACACAAAAUAAUUGUAAAUUGUCCAGAAAAUUGUUAAAUAUUUACCUUCAAAAUUGUCUGUGAAUGUCUAUUUAAGUGUUAAUUUUAAGUAAAUUCAAAAUGGAAGACGAGGACUUGGAGUUGUUGCGAAAAGCUGCUCUUCAAUCGUUGCAAAAGAAAAAUUCGAAACCUCCGCCGCAAGAAACGCAGCAAAUUCAACCUUUGCAAGCGAUACAGCAACCUCCGCAAGCGUUAAAUCCACGCGCAGCUCCGUUCAUUCCUGCUCAAGGUCCUCCUGCUGCGCAACCAUGGAACAAUUUUGGACCUCAGCCUGUCGUUCCGACGCCUCCAAUGCAUUAUUUGCCGCCGCAUGGAGUUGCUCCGAUUCAUCCUCAAUUUAUGCCAAAUAUGUUGCCGACACCGCCAGGCGUUCCCGUGAACGUCCCAUUGUCAAUUGUGCCGCCUGUCAUUGCUCCAACGCAUGUCCCGAAUGUGCAGUUGUCGCCAAGGAGUGCGGCUUUUGUGUCACAGAACAAUGACAUCAUUCGACGUCGUUGUCGUUCCCCUUAUCGCAACGCAUCGCCGGGACGUUGGAGUCCUUCUCCUCCUCGUCAACGUCAUCGCAGUCGAUCGAAAAGUCCCUUGCCGCCUCAACGCAAUUAUCGUGACAAAAGCCGCGAUCGACGAGAUCGUGAUUCACCCGCGAAGAAAAAUGGUCGUUGGAAUGCCAAUCAAACGCGAGGAAAUUCCCCCGUUCGACGUCACAGAUCGCGAAGUCCUCGCAGAAGCCCUCCGCGUAAACGAAGCAACUCAAAAUCCCCCGGAAGAAGACUUAAUCGAAAUUACAACAACAACAACAAUAAUAACGGGCGAAGACCCUUGCGACGAAAUUCACCCCCGCCGAGAAACGGAAAAGACAGAAAUCGCGAUGCGUCGCCCGCACCGAAAAAACACAAAAGCGAAGAAAGAUCGACAAGUCGAAAAACUCCAGAAAAAGCAAAAUCCCGUUCAAAAUCGAGAUCAUUAUCGCCCGGUGCAGAUCUCGCUGCAGUGCUCGAAAAAUUGGAUGAUGAGUACGACAUGUUCCCAAUUCUCGAUGAAACGGAGCCCGAUGUGCUCGAAGAAACACCUGAAGUCACAAAACCCGAACCUGCGAUCGAGGAAAAGCCAAAAAUUGAAAUUCCCGAAGAAAAAGUUGAAAAACAAGCUGAACCAAUUGCUGUGAAAAAGUCUCUCGAUGAAGUCAAUGAAGAUGAACUUCUUGGAAUGAGCGACGACGAGAUCAGUUUGGGCGGAAAUGACAUUGAACUCGAUGAUUUGUUCAAUUCCGAAGAUAGCGAGUCCGAAAAUGAAGGAAGAUUCAAGUCUGGAGCACGAGAUACGUCGAAUAAAGCAAAACCGACGCCUGUUUUGCCAUUUUCGAAGCUUGGAGCAUCGAGUUCGUCGUCAAAAGUAACGUCGGAAUUGACUCCGAGCGACAGAAAAGACAGAAAUGAUGAUCGAAGACGACGAGAAGACACCGGAAGACGAGAUUGGCGAAGUCGAGCACGACAGGAAAGCAGAAAAACAGAAGAAAAUCCCAAAGAAGAGUCUGUGGUAAAGAAAUUUAAGCCCCUCGUGGAUGAUAAAAAACGUUCAAAUACUCCAGAAGUUCGAGUGCCAUCGAUAUCAUCAACAGUUAAAACUGUGGCGAAAGAAACUUCAUCUACGCCGGAAAAGAGAACGAUUCAACUUAAACGACCAAUUACAGCAAACAAGGACGACUCAAAAGUCAAAGAAAAUAUCACAAUAACCACAGGAGGCAACAUUCAAAAGAAGGAAGAAACGACAAAUGGAAAUCUCGUUCGAACCUCGAUCAGAUCCCGUUUGGGCGGCAAAGUUGAUGAAAAGGAAACAAAAGCAACAGUAACAACGAGGACACCAAUUUCAGCGCCAGGUACAACUGCGAAACCUGUGAGGGCGAAAAUAACUUGGAAGUCAGAGAAGGUCUAAAAAAGAAAAAAAAAAUGACAAAAGACUUUUCUAUAAAAAAAAAAAAAUAAAAAAAAACAUGAAAAAAAAAUCCAAAAGAAAAAUUCAUCAAAACAACAACAAGCAUCAAACUAAAGAGGAUGACCA